AUGCAUGCGAACAGUCAAGGACGGGAGAAGACACCUGUCCUUCCCUGUGAUGAAGAAUCAUCUUUCGCCUCCGUAGAUGAUGUAUUCUUCUUUUGUGAUCAGCAGCAGGCCGUAAAUCAGGAAACUUAUUAUUCAGAUUCAUUCAAGAAAACGCGUUCCAAAGACGAGUAUCCAAAUGUCGAAGAUAAUUCGAAAAAAUCUAGUGUGAGAUCGGAGAAUAAGAAUUCAAAGCAGAAAGAUUCUUCUACGUGCACAAAAGACAAAGACCAGAACAAAAGCACCACCACUGAAAAAGUGACUGAUUGUCACAAUUUUCAAUUGAACCAUACUGGAAAGGUCGCCAAGAAACAUACCUAUCUACCAAAAAAUUUGAAAAAUCCCUUUGCUCAAAAAAAUAUUGUUCAUAGAAGCUUAAAGAAUUCAUUUGGUCAAAGUCAGAAAAAGACAGAUAGUCAAAGAACUCACACGACUUUAAUUGAUAUACUUGUGGAGGAUUGUCGACAAUGUGCGAUUGGAGAGAAAUCGGUUGCAUCAUUUUCUAAUGUUUCUGGUGAUAUUAAAAAGGAUAUUACUGAUUGUAGAGGUACUUUUACUCAGCCUACUGAAAAAAAGUCUCCUGGAUCUCGAUUUAAGUACAAUUGUACAGAGUCGGCGAUGGACUCGGUUAACAGUAACAAAGACAGUAGGCAACGUUAUUAUAAUAAAAUCUCAAUUGUAGAUAAUAUUACAAAGUUUAAAAGGCCCGAUACGACACACGCAAAGACUACAGAACUCACGAAGAAGUUUCCUUGGAAUUGUACAUGUACGAGUAAAAUGAAGAGAAAUCUUGACAAAUGCAAGGAACAGGAGAAGAACGAUUCUGUCGAAAGCUUAGAUUCCUAUAAUGACGCAAAGCAGUUAAAAAAGAAAAAAUCUGUUUGCAGUCCAUUGAAAAAAUUUGGCCGAUCGUCUCUAUCAGUAGGCGCUGACAAAAUCACGAUAAAUUUGCCCAAGUAUUCUCCUUGCGCAAGUAGAUUAGCUGCAAGCUCAAAAAUUUUGUCGUCUGAUUUAGCAGCAGAUCCAGAGAGUCCGCUUCACGUUCCACGCUCCAGAAGUCCGUCUCAUGUCGAUGUACAAACUGAGAAACAAACCGAGAACAACCCUUCGAAGAAUUCGGAAAAAACGUCGAUACAGGCCAGUUUGUCUCUAAAUAUACAACAGUUCCAAAAGCCUCGGUAUACUCUGCGUAGUAGGAGUGUAGGUGACAGCUGCGUAACGUCCCCAACGAGUGAAGCGACUACCGUGAGCUACUCGCCUACUGGUACAGAGAUAUUGUCCUUAGAAGAAGUUGGACCGCAUACAUCAUCGGCCGAAGGCUCUGGUAGUAGUUAUUCAGAAGUCAAAGAGAAACCGGAUGUCGAAUGUUCUGACAAAGUUAGGAGAGCGACUUUGGAGACAAAGUGUUAAUGAAACGUGGGACUCUCGACAACACAUUAAACACGUGUUUCACGCCAUUCUUUCUUCCACGUAUAUACGUAUUUUACGUAAAACGAUCACGCAGUUCCGUACGCCCGCGAUAAACCCGUUCGGGCUGUAAUCGCGCUAGUGAGAAACUGUACACAGAGGCGAAUAUAUACGCGACAUACCUUUAUAAAAUUUAUUAUAUUUCUAGAAUCGCGAGAGUAUACAUACUUGUGCAUAUUGAAUAUUCUUAUCUACAUAUAUACACACUCAAAUGCACGCGUGUUUGCGUGGAUAUUAAGAGCUGUUUUUGCAAAAUAGGCUACAGAACGUUGUUGCGACAAAUGUGUCGAGUAUUAUUAUUUUUAUUAUCCUCCUUAAAAUUAGGAUAUCCAAUAAUUCCCGUGUGUGAUUGUCGAAACAUUUCUUUGUCUCGGGAAGUGCGACGAACGUUGAUAGCAUGUAGUGAAGAGAUAUCUCGCUGAACGUUUGCUUUUUCUCAAUUUAUUAAAAAAUUAAUAUCUUAUUGAUUUUUUUAUUCCAUUAAAACUUUUAAUCUUUUAGCUGUAAAAAGCACAUGUAUCGUAAGAAGAAACUGCCUCUCAUUCGCGGAAAGCGUACGAUCUCGUAAGACACCCACUAUUUAAAUUCACGGCUGAAAAUUUUUUUUUUCGAUUCUGGCAAAUCUGGUUCAGCGAGAAAAUUCGAAUCUUUUCAAAUUUCAUGCUUUUGCGAAUGAUUGGUAUUCCCGAUGCCAAUGGUGAUGAUAGUUGUAACAGUAAUGAGGGCAUUUGUUCUUAUACCCCCGAUAAAAACCUGAAAGAGGAGAAUUGGAGAUCUUCCAAGUUAAUAAAGAUUUUAGCAUGCAAUGGUCACUGCACAGUUUGGAAUUAGCAGACUGAAACAAGAAACUAUAAUGAUGAAUACGCAGUGCGUCCCGCAAGAAUACGUUUGUCGGAAGCUGAAUAGUAUAAAAAAUUUGUCAACAAUAAGAAUGCAAAUAGCUAGGGACAAUAUUACUGCCAAACUUGACUAUGAAUUAAUUAAUUUCUAAGAAAGUGAGAAAAUGCAUGAGGACCUCGUCUAUAAAGAUACGUUUCUCAUUAGUAUUUUUAUAUCUCGGUAAUGUAAAUACAAUACACUAAACGAUUUUUUCUUUAUCGAUGUAUGCGACAGUAUGAGGCGUUUGCGUGGAAUGCCAAUUGCGUAGAUAAUCGUGAGGUGCACUCUUUUGCGUAAAGCAAUUUUGCUACUUUUUAAGGCAUUCUAUAAAUUGUUGAUACUUUUUACCUGUCAAAAUUGUUUAUCGGAUAUUGCGAUGUCAAUGUUCGCGAAAUGAAAAAAGUUUUAAGACGAUCGAUUUUACUUACUAAGAUAGGAAGUGAUACAUCGUAAGUGUAAGUCGGUUUUUACCGUUCAGGCUACUUGUGCCACAAUGUCCUCGUAACUUGUUGGAAAUGUUACAAGCGGAAAAAUAACAAAACGCGACAGACAUACGAAGAAAAGAAAAUAAUGCAACCUAGUUACGUAAAAACAAGAUUUUGCUAUGCUUCACACGGCAUCCUUUUUUUACAACAAAGCUUUGUUCAAUCUACACGGUGAUUUAGAUAUCUGUAAUAGAUCUGAUGAUGGGGACAUUCAAGCAAGAGAGAUUAGUGAUUUCAUUAAUAUUGAAUGAUAAGUAUUAAGCGUUACAAAUUUAUCGAAAGACAUUUCAGUGAAAACAAUUUUUUUGGCUUUAGUGUUGAUUCUUUACUGAAAAAUUAAAAAAGACACAUUGGAGAAUUUUAUUCUCAUAUGAAAAUUAAUUCUGAGCUACAAAAUACGUAAGAAAUAAGAAAUUCAUACGUCAAAUAAUGCACAUCAUAAAACAAAACGAAACAUGUACGCUGUGAUACUAAGAAAAAUUUCAGAAUCUUAGCAAGUAAGAUUCAAAUUAAGUCUUUAUUAAUCCUUGGUAAAUACCGCAACUCUUAUUAUAUUUUUGUUACAAUGGGCCUAUAUCAACUUAUUAAGUACAUUUAUUAAAUCAAAAAAUUCAUGUGAAGCAA